AUGGAUCGAGUUCCAUUAAGCCAAAACCAUUUAUUAAACUCUAAACACUCUCAUUUUUCACCUCGUUUCUCUCCUCCUACAGAACUCCACGAAGAGUACUAUAGAAAAAUUAACUGUCGCUAUUCUCCACCUUUAAUCACUUAUUUAUCUUUUAAUACUGUCACAAACCAUAGUACUUUCCCAAUAAUGUAUUACCAAAAUGCCCAAACUUCCAGAAAUACACGAUCACAUUCAAUCGCCAGGCCACUUAUUCCACCCUAUAUGAGCAACAGUCUUCUCUCUAUAAAAAUAUCUAAACUUUUAUACUUUAAAGACGCUAGAAUAAUCAGGAAAUCUCUCAAGAACAAACUACGCGAAGAUAUAAGUAGUUACAAAGCCGAUCUAAAAUCUCUAUCAAGUGAACACGAUAAAAUAAGCAAUUGUUAUGUAGCUAUAGCAUCAUUGGAGCGUAUGAUUAAAACUAAAACUCCGAGCAAUGGAUUCCGAGAAGGUAUUUACGGAAUGUUGAAAACUUUAUCAACAGAUCCUGGGGAGAAUAUAAACUUGACUAAUCAAAUAAUAUCAACCAUGUUGGAAAUUAUGAUAAAAAUAUGGAAUGAUAAAGGAUUAGGUAGAUGUGCAAUAUGUAAGUUUGGUAUUGUCAUAGAAUCUACAACUGAUGACGUUGAUAAUUUGUGGUUAU